UUGACCUCAGAGAGUCGCAGCAGGGAAAGGAAAAAAUUGCCGAUGCUUGGGAAGAUUUUUCCAUCCUGCGACCUAUGAACUUGGCACACAAGAGCAAGCAACUGCGAGAUUUGAGCGUUGUUCCAGUGACUCGGCGCAGGAGAGCACGAUGAUUUCCACGGCUCUUCACUGGCUCAUUCUGCUGUCGUUUAUCAUCUUGACCAUCGGCGGAAACGCGCUGGUGUGUUUGGCCGUGGGCCUCAGCCGGCGACUGUGGCGCAUCGCCAACUGCUUUGUGGUGUCGCUGGCGGUGACGGAUCUCCUGAUGGGCUUGCUGGUGUUGCCCUUCUCUGCCACUCUGGAACUACGCAGCGGGCGGUGGCCCCUCGGAGGCACCGUGCGCAACAUCUACGUCUCGUCGGAUGUCCUGCUGUGCGCCGCCUCCAUCCUGAGCCUGUUGGCCAUCAGCGUGGACCGAUACCUCGCCAUCUCGGCGCCUCUCAAUUACUCGUCGAGAAUCACUCCUCCCAGAGUGACGUUGGCCAUCGUCGCCAUCUGGGCCUCGUCGCCGGCUGUGUCUUUCGUGCCCAUGCACCUCGGCUGGAACACGGCGGACUACAGAGUGCAGCACUUGGACUGGCACGUGGGGCAAGAGCACAAGGAGGGACGCUAUUGCCAGUUGGAAUGGAAUAACAACUACAUUAUUUUCUAUGUCUUGUGCUCAUUUGACCUUCCUCUGCUGAUUAUGUGUGGGAUGUACCUUUGCAUAUUCCGAGUGGCACGCCAACAGGUGAGUAUUUCGAUGGGUCGUUUGGAGUCACUGGCCUGAAAUCCUAAAGUCCUAUCAAUGAUGCAAUUGAUCCUGCCUUGAUGAAAAUGAAUUUUCAGAUCGUACUAUCGAUCUUACAAAAUUAGCUGCAUUAUGACUCAAAUCCACUACUCAAAAUCUCAAAAUAAUCAUUGCUUUACUUUCCUGCGUCACGGGCGGCAGCAGACAGUAUACGCAAGGAUGCGCGAAAUUCCCAGCAGCUGAACUCCACCUCCUCUAGUCCCCCCAGGAAAGACAUAGAGAUGUUCUCAGAGCCGCCGUGAGACGCAGCACCACCAAGCGUGUCGUAGGUCUGCAAAUUGGCUCGCUUGGCUCCGCCUGCAUGAACAAGCUCCACAACCUAAUGGUGCCCUAAGGGUGAUAUCACAACUCAUCCCUCCUCCACUUGUGGAGAAGACCCUCCAAACCCUGAUCAUCCAGCCUUUUCCCAAUGGGAGCCUCGGUUUUGAUUCGGAGGAGCUGAUUCUCAUUCACAAACAGAAGACUUGAGAUCCGCCCAUGCAACCUCCAAUACAGUAGUGAUGGUACUCAACUGCUCCAGUAUUCCAUGAAAGGAACAGGAAAUACAUUGAACCUCUCAGGAUUGUGGCUGGACUUUCCUCUCCAGUACUUCAACAGUGAGAAGUUUGAUCCCACGCUUGUUCACCUCCUUAAUUAAAUAUGCCAAUCCAGAGGUGUCACAAACGACAGUCCGACAACAUUCAGAGCAUUCAGAGUAUUCAGGGUGAACAUCCUCCUGCCACUGCAAAGCUGGCAUCAAUAACAAUUAUACAAGACCGAAUUGUUGAAAUAGCUCCUUUUUGGGUUUUUUAGCUCAUGGCUCAUGUUAGUGUACCGAAUGGUGUGGCUAGAGAGGGAACAGCAGGUCCAGUACUGAGUCAAGACACUCUGUUGUGGGGGCUUCUGCCAUCUAGUGGCUCCUUGGAUCAUCGCAUGUUGCCUUCACAGCACAGCUGCUGAUAGAAGCCAUAGAAGGCAAGGGAGCGUGACACAAGAGAGGUUUUGCUCCAUCUCCUGCAGAGGCCAUUGUGUGCCAUUAAUGCGGGUCACCGUGCAGCCAUUUCAUGCUGGGAUAUCAUUUUUAAAAAAAUUAUAUAUAUCUAUAUCUAUGUACAUGUACAUCCACACUCACUGUUACACCUUCACUGAGUGGGAAUUGAACCCACGCUGCCCGCAGGGAAGGAAGUCAGACAAGCGAACCACGACACCGUGACCAUUUAGUUGUAGCGACGUUAUGAAAACAUUGGCAAAUUUCAAUUGCCCCAGGAGGAACAUCAUUUCUCAUUUGGGUCUUGAACGGAAAACAUUUUUGCAAAAGGCUGAUUUAAACGUAUCAUGCCAAAGAUGAUACAAUUUGUGGACCAUAAUUCAUUGCAAUCUUAUUAAUGACAGCACAAUUUGUCCAUGAGGAAAAACAGAACAAAAAUCAUUGCGGUGCUCGUAUAUUCGGCAUCACAACAGUAACGCAUCUUUUAAGAAAUAGCAGCAAAAAAAAAAAAAAAAAAGACAACAGCAAUUCAAUGAAUUUUGUUUCUCAAGCAGGCUCCUUGACUUGAGCAGGUCAAAGUUCCCGACUUUUCAACUGUGCCAGUGAAGGUGAAUGAGUGACCAACAAGUUGUUUUUGCGCGUGCUAUUCAAACGCUUGAUUGCAUCCAGACAGGAUGCUGACGACUGAAGGAUUUCCUGCAGACUCUAAAACAAAGUUUGUACAGUUCGAUUGCCACCAGCACAAUCGCUGAACUACCCGAUAUGCUGCUCUUAAGCAGAUCUUUAACUGCCUAUGAUUAGAGCUUUAUUCUAAAUAAUAAUAAUAAUAAUAACGAAAACUACAAAAAAGAAUAUACACUUUUCUGUCCAGAAUAAAGUUGCAUUGAUAAUUGAAUGAAGAGAGGCAUUUGAUCUUUGCUUACUCACAUUCUGAAAAAUCGCUUCUCUCGCAGGAAUUGCACACCAUCAAACUCCCAUUUAAUACUCGUGAUUAUGACUAUUUUAUGUCCACGAGAUGGCAGUAACAGAUAGUGACCCAGAGUAAGAGCGGUUGCACUCUGAUCGUCUCUGUCUCAUCCACUCGGCCGAUUAAGAACUUUAGACGUGCAGCAAAACAAUCAUUGAACACACGGUCCAGAGCAAAUUUUCCUUUUGAUGAUUUGGUUCAUGUGAAUAGUGCUGUAUGGAAACUAUUCCGUGGACAAAGACCGCUCAGAGCUUGUUGGGGGAAAAAGUACGUAUGUGCAAAUGGUAUCAUACUGUUCAAAUACAUUCAUGCAUGCAUUAUGCAACCAUUUAGAGUCGGUGUAUUUGUGUAGGCGGUGAGGGACAAAAAAGAGACAAAUCUUGGUCAUUUCUCUACAGCUAUUUUGGUUGCAAUAGGAGAGUGUAAAUGCUGCCCCGCUGUGUUGGAAUCAAAUUCCACUUUGGUGUUUGUGGAGCCCAAGCAGAGCACAACAGGAUCGUGUUUGUCAAGGAUCAUCCACAUUUCUUCGAACGCAGAAUAUGGACAGCAAGAUGACCAGAUUAACAUUACAUACCAGAUUUCUAAAACGUCGUUUGAUUCUAUUCACAAAUCUAACAUUCAUCAUAUUGCGCUUAUGUUAUUUACUGGGUGUACGACACACACUCGAAACAUGGCAGACAAGCAAAGUUCCAUGUUUUUUGUUCCAUGACUUUUUUUUUAACAGAACAACAAUUCCCUAUUGAGUAAAAAAUGGAAAUGCCAUAAGGGUUGACAAUACUGUUCAUGCUUUUUGCGUGAAACCGAAAUGAUCUUGAAAACAAACUACCAGGUGUAUCAAUAUUGUUGACCCACUCAGUGAAACUGAAAUGAAGGCGCUACUUUAUUCAAUGGAAUCUGUCCUUUUUGCAAAAUGCAUACCUGCGGACUGAUAUCCGUAUCCAUGACAGAGAGGGAGUUUUGCAUCCUUCUCUCUCCCUCCAAGCAUUUCUCACGUGAUUGGAGAGGGAGGAAAACUCUCUCCUGUCUCCACAAACAAGCUGCAAGAUUGCAUAACCAGUUUUGGAAGCUCUGCCUGAUGGAACAGACUGUGCGUUUGUGCACGCUCGAAUGUUGCACGUUUAGGAACACCUACACAAGCAAUCUAAGGUGAUCGAAAGCCAGAUACGAGCUGGAUCCAACAUGUUUUCUUGACUCCUACUUUCCCAUUCUUGCUGCACUUUCAUAAGGUUAAGUUUUCUACCGGAGGGGGCCUGGGAGCCUUUGACUUUUGUGCAGUAUCUGCAACGAUACUCGACUUUUGCGUGUCCCACUUGCAUGCGAGUUAACAAUGAAUGAUGCACCUGUGCUUCAUUUGAAUUGUCAUAGCAAAUUAAUUGAUAUUAUAUUCCAAUAUGAUGUCGUUCUAUGUGCUGAUUAUAAAAAGGCUUUUGUUGAAAAUAAUU